UUGCUAAAGAGGUUGGAGUUAUGAGGUCAAUGAUGUUUGCUUUUCCAAACCUGGAUUCAUGGUAAUUGUCUAUUCGAGGUUCUAGAUGUCGAAAAAUCGAAAUAAGGGUUAAGUUUCAUGUUGAAGAAACGUUAGUUUCUGAAAUGGAUUCAUGGCUUGUUGCAGCAGCAGCAACUGCUGGGUGUUUUGCUGAAUAUUGGCGUAAUCACCGUAGGUAUAGGACUAGCUAUCCUGAGUUAAGAACUCAAAAGGCUGAAAUUGGGACCGGUCCCUUCUGCGGAUCGGCUCCGAGAAGCAAACUCCAGGGCGAUGUUUAUUCAAAGGAAGAGAUGUUUCAGCUGAAGUGGAUUCCGCUAGCGGAUUCGAUAGUGAUAUGGUGGGAAGUUUGGGACUUGCGCCGAUUGCUAUUCGAUUUCUCAAUCAAGUUUAGCAUACGGAUUCUCAAAUGAUCCAAGCCUAAGAGAAGAUCAAUGUAGAAAGGGACCUAGAAUGGACAUUUUCAGUGAUCCUCAUAGGAAAACCAGCUUACUUGAAACUAGAUAUUCAUAUGGUCAUUUACUUAAACCUUUAAGUUCCUUAGAGAGUUCCAUGAUGGCUGAACUAUAUAUGCAACAUGUUGAGAUGGAAGAGUACGUAUGUACUUCUCUUCCAUCGCCACCAUCUGUUAUAUCGAGACCACUGAUCGUAACCGAUGGAAGCCAGUUAAUCAGCAGAGCAAUGGCGGUUCUUCGAGUGGAUCGAAUGGAACUAUGGAUAGUAAGAUGCAUAAUCAAGCCACUUCGGAAAAGAGUGGAUAUGUACGGGAUCCCUCCGUUACCAAAAUCAAGUUCGUUGGAUCCCCCCAAGAAGUUGAAAUUUAAGAGAGGAACUGGUGCAGUGGAGAACAAAGUGUUCCUUGCAAAAUGGAUAACGAAAAGCAGAUGCAUUCACACAGGGUCCGGACGAUGGAGUAGUUCUCUUAUGUCUCGGGAUUUCUAUUGGUAUAAUGUCUUCUUACAUCAUAAACCAAAAGGGAAGUUUCGAAAUUGAGAGGGUUAUUAAAGCAUACUGAGAAUGUAGUUCAAGAUCUUCGAGAUGAGCUUGAGAUGAAAAAUUCAAUGACAGUUCAUGAGAUAGCUAAUGAGAAGAAUGAAUCACAGGCGACGUAUGACAAUUCGAUUCAUGACAGGGUUGAACAGAAUUUGGAUAAUUUGAAACGAUGUUAUGGUAGAGAAUCUUAUUAUGAUAGGGUAGAGGGAAGUUUGGAGUCAAUGAGUCGAAUUGAAGCCGAGCUUGAAGCUGAACUCGAGAGGAUGGGUCUAAACAUGAAUGUAUCUAACCUGGAGAAAAGAGUGUCUGAUCUUGUCGAGCUUGACCUGGAUUUUGUAGCGGAUUUCACCGACGGUGAAUUGAGGUCCGAUAUGGUCAAUGUGCAGGCUCUUGUCGAAUCUGUGUCUGACGAAGAUAGAUGUGGCAGUUCAACUACUCAUUCCGGAAAUUAUGCAGUCUCACCGCGAGAGUUGAGCUUGCGUCUACAUGAAGUCAUUCAAUCGAGGCUUGAAGAACACGUUGAGGAACUUGAGACGGCCCUCCGGAACAGCCAGAGGAAGGUGAAGCUAAUGAAAUCAGAGAAUAAGAAUUCAUGUAAGGUCUCUAACAGCGAAUGGAAAUUUAAUGAAGAGUUCGAUUACCUAUCCGAUCCUCUAGUUAUGAAACUAUCAGGGGAAGCUUUAGAUGCAUACAACGAAGCUUGCCAGGUACUGUCGAAGACGGAUGAAUCCGAAGAAGAAGAUGAUGCGGGACUGGACAUUUAUCAAAGUAACCAUCAAGACGAGCUGCCUAAGUAUGAUGGAAAGAGCACAAACGGUUCCUUCCUGCAUCGGUGUCCGAAGAACAUAAUGGAGGAGGCCAUUUAUGGUGGGGGAAGAACAUCGGAAGAUCAAACUUCAAGGGUUCAUGGAUUGCUUGAUGUCGGUGUUAAUGAAGAUGAAUAUGGUGACUGUGAUGAUGAAAUGGAAAAGCAACUGAUAGAGAAGAUUGUGGAGAACAGUAAGAAAGGAUCUGAUGCACUGCUAAAUGCACAGAGGAUAUUGUUUUCCUCGUAUGAAACUUAACUUAUGUUACAUCCACUCUUUUCCAUUUCUCUUAAAUAUUUUUAUAAGAUAUAAUAGAAUGUUUAAAUAUUUAUGUAUAAGAUAUAGAUUUUUCUUAAAAUUCUUUUCUUUUUGUAAAGAGAGACACUUUGUACUAUAAAAUGCUUACCUUUU